AAUAUGUAUCGAUUGGCGUGAUUGACUCGAUACCAUAUGAUAGAGAAAAUGUACGUCAUGUGAUUGUGGAUUCUUUUUUUCGUACGAAGCAGUCACCUGUCGGCCGAGAAAAAUACAAUUACGCCUGCAAUUUGCCAGACAAAAAAACGUGCAAGAUGGCGCCUAAAAUACGCACAGUCGUAACACAAACAUUUCUGUGGCUGUUCCUCGCCGUGGCCACCAUACUUAUCCUGUACUUUGUUUUGACGGGCAAGGGCGAACGCGUAAGUGUCGGCUGGUUCCUCUCCUCAUCGAGUCCGUACAUGUGGGCCUGUCUGGGCAUCGGACUAUCGGUGUCUCUGUCUGUCGUUGGCGCUGCCCUUGGCAUACACACAACAGGCACCAGCAUUGUGGGCGGUGGCGUUAAAGCGCCACGCAUUAAGACCAAGAAUUUGAUAUCGGUCAUUUUCUGCGAAGCUGUCGCCAUCUAUGGCCUCAUCACUGCCAUUGUGCUUUCUGGCCAGCUGGAGAUGUUUAAUAUGGAAUCGGCACUCACCAAUCACAAUGUGCUGAACCAGAAUUGGUUCUCGGGCUAUUUGAUUUUCGGUGCUGGCCUGGCCGUCGGUCUGGUCAACUUGUUCUGCGGUAUUGCCGUGGGCAUUGUCGGCUCCGGAGCGGCGCUAUCGGAUGCUGCCAAUGCAGCACUGUUUGUCAAGAUACUGAUUGUCGAGAUUUUCGGAUCAGCUAUCGGUCUAUUCGGUCUGAUUGUGGGCAUCUAUAUGACUUCCAAGGCUAAGAUGGGUGAUAAGGAUUAAGUGAACGCAAUUCUAAUAUGUGUCACGCGCUUCAUCCAUAUACAAUCGCAACAAUCAGUCAUCAAGUCAUUCCGACAAAAACAACAAAAAAUACAAACACAACAAAAUCUGUGUUCUCUUUUUGGAAAUUAGAGCUCGUUAUAUGCAGUUACAGUUUCCCGCCCGCUACGAUCAGGAUAUUACAUAGGACUUCAGUUACUUAUUAAGUUACAAAGUUUAAUUGUAUAAUUUUUACGCUGCGCGCAUUUCGUCAAUUAUUAAUCAGCAUCAUUUAUAACAAUUGUGCGUUUAAUUCGCGUCGUGUAAAAAUUAAAAUCAAUUUGUUUUUAAUUGUUUAUUUAAAGCGAAAGACAAGUGUGUGUGUGUUUAUUAUCGAUUAUUAUGCAGUUGUUAAUAUUAUUUGUUUAUUUUUGGCACUUGUAUUUCGAAAAACAAAAAAUGUAUUAUAUUAACUACAACUACAAAUAAUAAAUAUAAAAACUGUAUAUUUUAUGCUACUGUUAAUGCAGAAGUUAUAGAUACUACACAAGCUACAUUAUUAUUAUUACAUAUUAUAGAAAGUAUUCCAUAU